AUGGAUUUGGGCAACGAGCUGCAAGAUUUUUUCCAAACUUGCAGAAGCCACGUCCAGAAUGCCAGAGCUACCCGACUGCAUAGCAGAGUGAUUCUGAUACAGAGGGCAGUGUGGACAAAUUUGCGCGACAAGAUGUGGACCCUUUUGGGCAGUUUUCAUUCGCAAAGCAACAGACACGUCCCUUGGAUGAUCUCUCUGCAAGACGGGUUGCGUGUGGCUACUCGUGCUGUGACCUGGGUUCUGGACACUGUCGUGCCUCAUUCACCCGAAUCUGCCACAGACAGUGUGCCAGAGCCUGUACUGCGUCUUGGGCUUGCAAAUCCUGGCGUCCAGGGCUGCUCGGACAUUGCUGGUUCACGAGUUCGUUGGGAUCCAUUGAUAAAUGAGGAGUGGGGUUUGAAGUCAGCAGUCAGUGCCUUGGCCCUUGAUGCUGUCGGCCUGUCUGCGCCUCGAUUGCCUGAUGCAGUCGUUGCUCCCCGGAGGCUUGGUAUGCAUAUCUUCAGCAAGGGUGGUCGCAGCUAUGCAAGCACUGCCGUUCUCAGGAGCGAGCGUGUUAUGUUCACUUCUACCGUUCGCAGCGACGUGGGCAGUGACAGACGCAUCUGGGUUGAUUUUCAACUUGGCAAUGAUUCGGUUUUGCACUGGGUAAUUCUCACCAUGCCGACCUCUGCCAACGAUAGAGAUUCGGAUUGGGUUGCGGAGCUACAAGGUGACAUGAACGUUCAACCUGACGAGCUAGGCGGGGGCAGGGAGCCUUCCAGAAAGCGACAAGUUGCAUGGGAGAAGUCCUUGGGACCAGCUGGGCCAGCUUUUCCAGGGAAGUGGCAUGACGCGACGAAGUGGGCUGCAGCUCUUCGGCCUGCAGAGCCUGUCCUGCAAAGCCUCAGCAGCAUUGCCCAUUUGGCAGCAGAUGAGCUUUGUCUUCCAACUUGCUCGCUGGCUUCACGCAAGAAGCACGUGUGGGGCAUUGAGGCUGCUGCUGCACUUACAAACACUAUCGGUGGGCUAGUUCGGGAUGUUUGGUUAAGGGCAGGACCUGGUACUACAUCUCGAGAGAUGGUAGCGCGCCCUAAUCUGGCAGAAGCUGUUCUGCACGAGCUUUCUGACGACACCAAUUCUUUGAUAGCACAGGUUUCCAAAGAAACUGACUGUGCUGCGCUGCUAAACUCUUGUUUUAAGCUUCUUCGUGACCCUGUUCCUCAACCUCUCCCUCGGCUGCACAGUGGCCCACGCAUCCUUUCCGAAGCAGAAUCUAACCAAGAGUGGGUUAAAGCGCUUCGCUCUCAGUGCUCGUGGCCAGAAGCGUUUGAUGAACAACUUCACCUUCAAACAGUGGCUCGUUGCCAACAACUUUGCGCAGCUGCCUUGCGACAGCCUUCCGGUGACUCCAAAGACUUCUCCGUUACUGAGCGCGAAGUGGUUGACAUCAGAAAUGCUUGGUCAACAUCGAAGGGCAUGCCUCCUGACCUCCUCCCCCGUGCCCUCUUCAUGGCCAACUCUGUAGGCUGGAACUCUGUGGUGUGGGCCUUACAGCGAUGGACGGGACCGGGAGGUGCAGCUUUCCGCCCCUCACUGUGGCGCCAAGCGGCACUUUGCCCUGUUCACAAAGCUGGGCCUGCAUGCCUUGCUUCCAGCUUCAGACUCAUCUUUGUGAAGGUGCAACUUGGGCUUAUGCAGGAGGCACUCCUUACACAACGCUGGCUGACUGCAACUCGUCGGUUCAUCCAACCUUGCCAAAGCGGGUACAUCCGUGGUGUCGAUGAUGCCCAUCUCCUUCUACACGAAGUAAGUGCCGAAGCUUUGCAUCAACAUCGGCCUCUUUGGUUUGUUUUGGGGGACUUCCAAAAAGCCUUCCCUCGAGUCUGUCGCCAUGACUUGCUCUGUGCCUUAGCUGAUGGGCCACACGUAAAUGGCCACUGCUUGGGCCUCUUAGGUGACAUCUUGAAGGAGGACCACGUUGUUGUUUGGUACAGCGGCUUCAGCGAUACUAUCAUAACUAGCGGUAUUCCAGAGGGAGGCUGCAUCGGACCCUUUGGCUAUCCAGUUUUCUUAGACUCUCUGGUUCGCGAAAUCCUGGCGGAAGGUGGCGGUCUCGGCGUUGGUUGGCACAUUCCGCCGGUGUGGCAGGGACGUGUCUGGUCUGGUCAUGGUAACCAUAAUCCUGCUCUUGUUUCCAUGCUCAAGGGCGUCCUUCAGCAUGGGGACAGUGCCCUUCUGCCAUCAAUUGCCCUCUUAGAUGACGACCCGGAUCUUGAGGCCUCUGCUCUCCAGGCAUUGAACGAUUCUGCCCCUUGGAGAAUUGCAGCAAUUUUGCACGCAGACGAUCCGGUGCUUCUUGGCUGCAGCAGGGGAGCCCUUCAACAGAGUUUAAACCUGCUCGCGCGCUGGGCUUUCCGUCAUAAAGCUGCUUUCCACGUCGGCGAGAAGAAGACUGUAACGAUGGUUACAGGCAAAAGCGCGGAGGAACUCCAGGCUACUGAGCCUUUAGUGCUUCCAGGACUGGGAAUUCAACCUGAUCGGACCUUGGGUUUCAAGAGUAGCCACAAGUGGCUCGGCAUCCUUUGGCCCGCGAACCUCGAGUUCGAUUCGGCCCUGAAGGUACGGGUUGCCAUUGCUCAGAAAUCCUUCGCCCUCUUGGUAGGGUUAGCUCAGCGUGAUAUUCUUCCAUUGCAUCUCAUCUGCUCCAUUUUCUGGGCGAGGGUUUUUGCUUCUCUUUCUGUUGGCCUCUGGCUCAAUGGAACCGCAGAUUCAGCGAAUGAAAUUUUGGACGACCUUUUGGUCUCCUGGGCAAGACAGCUGUUGGGAGCCUCUUGUUGGCACAAUGCUUCGCUCCUCCUUUCCGAAUUAGGCUGGGAUAUCUCCGGCCAUCUUCUUGCCGUAAUGGCCGCGGCCAUGCGCAGGGCCCGCCUGUGGACCUUGCCUACCGAGGAUCUCUACGCUCAAGUUUUUCGGCUUGCUCAUGCAUGGCCGAACUCUUGGGCCUCUCGAAGCUCGGCAUUUUUAUCAAAGUUUGGCAUUCUAGAUUUCCCGGCCUGGAAUCAGGGAGGUAACUUACAGCAGUACCGCCUGUACGUUCGACAACGCUGUCGUGAUCUGGGGCUACCAAGCUGGAGGGAAGUGGCGCAGCGUCACGCCAGACUGCCUUUGUACCUAGAAGUGCAGCCUCAACACAGCAACCUCCUGCAUCUUGUUCCUAACCUGGUGCUGGGGUGGGAGGACAGACAGGCGGUUCGAUCGUUUUGCAGGUUGCGUGCUGGCAUCAUUCGCCUUACGCAUGUGGAUGGCCGUUUGAGCCGGGCCAGCAUUCAGAACUGCAUCUUUUGCAGUAAGCGAGUGAGGACUGGGCUCCCUCACGUCCUCUGCCGAUGUGCCACCUUUGAAGGCUGGUGGCAGCAGUUGGCUACACUUCGGCGUCAAGAAGAUCGGGAGUUAGUUUCCGAAGAAGCUAAGGCGAUUCUGGCUUGCCCGCCUUCUUCCAGCCUGUUCGUCUUGGUUCUAAGGUUUGCCAAGGAUAUCGACGUCCGAGCCCGCUUGUUCUGGAAUGGUGAUGGACCAUAA